ACAAACGCGAGUAUAAAAAGGGGCCCCUCCAGCCUAGGAAAUUUCCUCGUGCUGCUGGGGGGCGAAGCGCGUCUCGGCUGCUGUCGGCUUGCGGUUGCGGCGCCUCCUCGCCUUUCCGGUUCCCGUCUCGGCAGCGCGGGGAUCCGCGUCGUGAUCUCGUCGCCGUGUCCUGAUCACCUCGGGCGGUCGCGAUCGGAGCGAGCGGGGAGAAGAUGGGCGGAGGCAACGGCCAGAAAGCGAAGAUGGCUCGGGAGAGGAACCUGGAGAAGCAGAAGGGCGUUCGAGGAAGUCAGCUUGAGGCAAACAAGAAAGCCAUGAAUAUCCAGUGCAAGGUUUGCAUGCAGACUUUCAUUUGCACUACAACAGAGGUCAAGUGCAGAGAACACGCAGAAGCAAAACAUCCCAAAUCGGAUUUGUAUGCAUGCUUUCCUCAUCUGAAGAAAUGACGUCAACCGAGGACAGCGGACAAUGAUGCUAUCAACUUGUCAUGUUCUCGUUGUGAUUGUGGUCAAGUUUGGAGCUUUUGUGUAGCAGUAUAUCCACUCUUGGGGUAUUCAUCGACUCGAACAUAUUAUGAAAUAUAUGAUAAUAAAAAAUCCGCUGCCUUUGUGACAUUUGAUU